AUGGCUCCCAUUCUGUCCUACAUCCUGGCCCUCGGUGCCCUGGCCAGCACUGCCGUAGCCUCACCUACAUAUCCCUCUGCAGAGCCUGUCAAGUACCAAAACAACACCCUGUACACCUUCCAGCAUCAAGGCUGUACCGGCUCCGCCUUCGUCUUCCGCGACUUCCAGCCCAACACGUGUGCCGUAUCCAUCACACGCGCUGGCCUCAACAUCAGCCAAGCCAUCGCCGACAAACUCACGCUCGUCAAGUCUGGCCGCCUUGUCCGCAACGAAAUCGGGUACACAGACCCCACCUUCGCCGCAUGGAACGAAGGCCCGGGGAGCAACGCGGAUGGGCCCCUUCAGUGCGGCACUGUCCGCGACAGCGAGGUCGUCAAGGGGAACACGCUGUGUCUUAGCACUCCUGACAACGUAAACGACCACGGUUACAGCUACUACCGCGACAACAGCACCGAUGAUUCGCAUGAUGUGCAGAAGACGGAUGCGCCCCCCUGCACUGGUCAGCAUCAUAUUGACGGUGUGUUCAUUGCUGGAGCUAUCUACACCAUUGUUGAUAUUCCUGAGGAGAUUGCGCUAGAGCUCCUGAUUAUGGUUCUCGAUGGCCGUACUACCGUUAGGGCUGAGCUUGAUAUUUAUAUCGUCGGGUAG